GAGGUUACUGAAGGCAGUACACUACAUCUAUUGUGUGAUGGGUCAAACUCACACCCUCAACCAAAUUUACAAUGGAUCUCUCCUGAUGGGAAGAUGGUCAGUGAGAGUGGGGAACUUGAUAUAGUGACUACCACCAGGAAUAUGACUGGGAUAUACACCUGUGUAGCUACUCUCCCUCACUCCACUGCUACUAUGAACACCACUGUCAAUAUCACCAUAUUUCCAAUUGACUGUCCAACAAUAAAUUCUCCGGAUACCAUGAUGGUCAACAUGAGCUCCACUGCAGUGGGCAGUACUGCUACCUAUCAGUGUAGAGAUGGUCCUACUCAUGUGUACACUACUCAGUGUACCAGUACUGGAGUAUGGGAUCCUAGCCCUGACUGCACAUCGAAAGAAACAGAUUCUCUAUUUGAGAGGUAUAGGAUGUGGCUACCGUGGGGAGCAGGGGCAGUGGGACUUCUCCUGCUCUGCUGCAUCACUAACUGUGCUGUGAUAUCUACUGUGUGUGUCUGCAAGAGAAGCAGGAAAAAGAGAAAACAGUACCUUCUGAGAGAAAAUAGAAACCAUAGUAAUAAAGAGCAACAAAUGGCAGUGAAAAAUUCCCAGUACUUGCCUGUGGUCAAGAAAACAUCAGAAGGAACAACAGCAACAACAACACUAAAUGGGCGGUCUUUCGUGAUAGAGUCACAGCUAACAACACCGGCAGAGCCCAAUGGGAAACCCUCAGAACCCCAGCCUACCACCACACUUCCCAUACCCCUGGGACAGUACUCAAUGAUCACGACCAUACCAGAACCAACUAGUGAGGUAUUUGGGUCAUAAUCUGACUCGCAGGAUGAACUAAAACAACCACCUGUGCCUCAGCCACUGGUGCCCCUGGAAGUACCACAAGAAACCAGAAAGCCAAAUGGACAGUACUCUAUUGUACCGGAUCACACAACGGGAUUCAUUGGUGCAUACUGUGUAGUCCAGACAGUGGAAGAAAACCCAACACCUGAACCCAGCAGAACAGUAGCUCAGAAACCACCACAAGGGAAUCAACAAAAGGGUCUGCUGUAUGUGGAAGUGAGUCUAAUACAGAAGGUGGUGUUUUGAUCUGGUUGCAGAUAGAGUCGAGUAUGCCGCUCUGGACCUCAAUGCCAUGGCCAGCCAACAACCACCACCUCCUCAACACCUCCUCCAACACAUGAUCUAGAUUUGGAAGUGAGUCUGGACUACAAUGCUGUAGUGACUGCACCACCACCUGACACCUUUGUGAGUCUGGACCAGAUCCUCAUUCAGUUGAGAGAAGUCACUCCUCACUGGAGGAGACUGGGAGAGGCAGUUGGUGUACAGAGGCUGGACGAAAUAUCUCGAUAUGUAGGUCAACCAGAGGAAUAAUGUAUUGUCUUAUUGUGAUCUCUCUCCGUCUAGGUGGGUAGUGAGUAUGAGGCAAUGGUGGAAGUGGUGGAUGGAUGGCUGGCCAACCUCCACCCCAACAAGCCCACGUGGAGGGAAAUAGCUGAUGUGGUGGACAGCAUUGGUCACCAUGACCUGGCUCACUCCCUCAGACAGGUCUACAUCUCAGGUUCACUGCCCAUAAAAGUGAGCAACGAUCUGCCAGAGUCUCUGGUGGUCAGAGAAUUAAAUCCCAACUCCUCCACUUCCCCCUCGUGGAGCUGAUGAUGGAAUAUUUCCUCCACCGUUACCUGCAAGAACUUUUACAUAGUCAUACUUAGAUGCUGUGUGCAUAUAGGAGUUUUUGACAUUCGCCCUCUAUUGUCUGCACCCUC